GUCCUGCUAAAGUACCAGGAGCGCCUGGACCAGCAUGUGCUCUACGUGAGCGACCGGCACUGGGUGGGUGUGGUCUUCCAGAUGGUGGAGGAUGAGCUGCCGCCCGACAUGGUGGUCAAUGUGCAUGCUGAUGACGAGGGCGGGACCACAAUAUCAUCACAGGCUGCAGCAUGGGUGGCCGUGCGAUC